AUGAGCCAGUUCUCAUACUUACAGUGUUCAAAUGUGCUUGACCUCACCAAACCCAUUGAAGAUCAGGGCCCUUUGGAUGUGAUCAUACAUAAACUGACAGAUGUCAUCCUUGAGGCAGACCAGAAUGACAGCCAGUCACUGGAGUUGGUUCACAGGUUCCAGGAGUAUAUUGAUGCUCAUCCAGAAACCAUUAUCCUGGACCCUCUUCCGGCUAUUCGUACACUUCUGGACCGAUCCAAGUCUUAUGAGCUAAUUCGGCAAAUAGAGGCAUACAUGCAAGAUGAGAGGAUCUGUUCACCACCCUUCAUGGAGCUGACAAGUGCCUGUGGAGAAGAUACCUUGCAGCUUAUAGAGAAGAACGGACUGGCAUUCCCUUUCAUUUGUAAAACCAGAGUGGCCCAUGGAACCAACUCUCAUGAGAUGGCGAUCAUCUUCAACCAGGAGGGCCUGAAAGCUGUCCGCCCCCCUUGCGUCAUUCAGAGCUUCAUCAAUCACAAUGCUGUGCUGUAUAAAGUCUUCGUGGUCGGGGAAUCCUACACAGUGGUGAAAAGACCAUCUUUAAAGAACUUCUCUGCGGGAAUCUCAGACAGAGAAUCCAUAUUUUUCAACAGCCACAAUGUUUCAAAGCCGGAAUCCUCAUCUGUCUUAACAGCACUGGAUAAAAUCGAAGGAGUGUAUGAGCGGCCAAAUGACGACGUCAUCCGGGAAAUCUCUAAGGCGCUGCGGCAAGCUCUGGGAGUUUCCCUUUUUGGAAUUGAUAUCAUCAUUAACAAUCAGACCGGCCAGCAUGCAGUCAUUGAUAUAAAUGCAUUCCCAGGUUACGAGGGUGUUUCCGAAUUUUUCACAGAUCUUCUGAACCACAUAGCUGCUGUCCUGCAGGGUCAGGCACCUGAGGUGACCCAGCUAAACCGCAGCAAGCUCCUGGCAGAGCAGACCAGCGGGAUCAUGGACGAGCGGAUAUGCUGCGCUAGCACAGGCUGUCUCAGCGUCAUGGGAAAAGACUCCUCCUGGAUUGUGGAAAGCGAGACCAACAGCUCAGUAAAACUUCAACACCAGAGACUAGGCUGCAACUCGGCAGUGUCCCCCAGCUUCCAGCAGCACUGCGUCGCUACGUUGGCAACAAAAGCUUCUUCUCAAUAACUUCCCAAUGCCAUGGACUGAGAAAAAGCCACAGGAAUACAAUUUGUGGUCCCAGACCCAGAUCAGGCUGUAACAAUACAAUUGCGAAAAAUGAGGAAAAAAAAAAAAAACAAAAACCCAAUGCAAAACACAACACAAAAAAGCAAAAUUAAACAAAAAAACCUUCCAUUUGAUUUAACCUGAUUUGCUGGUGAAACGGACUGAAAAGUGAAGGGCGAGAGAGCGAUUCAGAUCCAUUUCAUCAGAUUCCAGUUGCAAAUCUGUAGUGAGUUUACACGCACGUGGGUUUUAACACUAGUCCUUUCAUUGUGGGAGGGUUGCUUUUUCAUUUCUCUUGUUCUUUGUAAUCACUGGUGACCAGCAUUUUAAAAUCGGACCUCAUGGUAUCAGGAAAAUAAUAAUGUUGAAAUGCAGUGUCUGAAUGUAACAGUGCU